UUUUGUUUAUGUUGGGUUGUCGGAAAAGUCGGCUGUUUUCCCGUGCGUCCGUCUGCCAUGAAAAGCUGCUAAAAAGCUAAAUAUAAAAAUCAGCGCAGCGCACACGUUCGGCUGGCUGCAUUGUUUUCCAUUUUAAUGGGAAAUUAUGUGAGUGCGAGUCAGGAAAACGCAUCUUGUGUGUACAUAUAUAUAUAAGUAUGUAACUGCGCCCGUUUGUUCGUGUGCGCGCGUGUGUGUGCUCUUGUGUGCAUGGUGCAAUGGAAAAGUGAUUAUUAUAAAUGAAAAUCAGUGAAAUGUACAAGCAACUCCCACUUGUACGUGUGUAAGGCAGAAGGGUGUUUUGCAUUCGUGUGCGUGCCAGUUAAAAGACUUUGAAUUUCAUCGCCGGAGGAUAUUAGUGUCGACCGACGGGUGUAUAAAUACGCAAUAGCCCCUAAUAUGCAGGCAAGUCCAUUAAUUACGCCAAAGGUCAAAGGUUAGGCACGCAGCCAGGACCCAAGGAGCAAUAAUAAUAAUAAUGUUGUAAGAAGGCGGCGAGAGAGAGAGAGAGCUGGUGUUUUGGUGUGAGUGCGUGGUAGAACAAAGAGGACGAAAAACACGGCCAAUCGAAUUCGCCGCAAGGCGAAUGAAGCUAAAACCCAGAAAUUGAAGGAAAAACAAAAGGAUUAUAAUCUUACUGUAACUGAUUCAACUAAAGACUGCCAUAUAAGCUAAAUAUUAGAAGCCAUAACCAUGUCUGCCGCGGAACUUGAGGCGGAGGCUGCCGGCCAGGAGCAGAAGCCCCAACAACAACAUCAGCAGCAACAGCCGCAGGGCGAGCAAACACACACAAACACUGCCAUCAAUGAAAAUCAACAGACCACAACAAACAACUACAACAACAAUGUGGAUACGGAAGCCCAGCUACAGAUGCAGAUGCACCAGGAUCCGCAGCAGCAGGAGAUCGAGGGCAACAGCAACAAUGGGAUCUCGGGACUCGGUCUCAGCCUGAUGAACUCCUCGCCGCCGCCGCACAGCUACCGACACUCGCGGGCCUAUCGCCACUUCAAGAACCCGCCGCAGCCCCACAUGUGCAUCCGCACCACCACGGAGUCCGGCGAGGAGCUCUUCAUCAACGUCCUCAGCUGGACGCGCAUUGUGAUACCGCAGGAGCCCAGCGAUCCCAUUCCGCUCUACGGCGGCAUGCGGGUGCCUCCUGGCAGUCCGCGGAGUCCUCCCAUCGUCUUUGCCGUGAUGGCCAAUCCAGAGGUGCUCAAGGAUUCAGGGCGACACAGCAAAGAUCCCGAGGAGCGGCGAGCCAUGGUGGAGCUGAUGUGCGACUUUGUGGAGGCUAUGAAUCCAGGCGUCAAACUAGUCAGAAACGCCGUAAUACUCAAGGACCGCGACAUAUCGGGCGAGCUGAAGGACGUGUGGAAUGCCGUGCAGGCGCAGCGCGAUCGCGAGCGGGAGGAGCAGAUGAUGCAGCAGCGCCAGCAGCAGCACUACCAGAACAUCACCACGCAGCAGAUGUUUCCCAAGUCUCCGGAUGCGGUUCGGGCGGCUAGUGCUGGUGCUGCAAUGAACGAGGCCAGCUCGCCCCCAGGUCAUCUCUCUGAGCCGCUGCUGGCAGAGCACGGCAAUGGCAAUGGCAACGGGAAUGGCAAUGGGAAUGGCAUCACCCUGGCCGUCUUUGCCCAGCAACUGGACAACAAGGUGGCCAGCGAGCAGGCGGAACAGCAGGAGCAACCUGCAUUAGUGGAGGAGGCUUGCGUGGAUCAAACAGAUGCGGGCAGCUCAGCAAAUGCAGCAGCACCUGUGCUGGACACUCAGGCCGUGGCGGUGGAGGCAACCGAGCCAGAGGUAAAGGUUGCUCCACCGGCAGUCACCAAUGGUGCCAGCACACCCACAUCCAGCAUCUCAACGCCCCCACCAGCAUCAGCCACCUCAACUCCACCCAGUCCAACUCCAGCCCUUGCAGCUGCUUCUGCUCCCGUUCCCGUUGCCACGCCAACUCCUCCGCCCGCUGCUCCCGCCAAAAAAGAGAAACUGGGCGGCUUCUUGCCCAACGGCUGCAUCUUCCCGCGCUUCAAGAACAACAAGCACAAGGACAAGGACGGCAGUCACAAGGAGGGCAAGAGCAAAGAGAAGACCCUGCUGAAUGCGCUGAAGAAGAGCAAGGACAAGAAGGUGGCGCCCAGUGAGCAGCCGGCAGAGAAGGCCACCGCCGCGUCGGACAACGGAACCACGCAGUACGAGAAGAACUGCAUCAACAAUCUGGAGUGCGAGGUGCAGAAGCUGGAUCUGAACAGCGGCAGCAACGGCGACAACAGCAUGUUCAUCAAGCUGAAAGUUUCGUCGGCCAAUGCCACAGCAGCGGCAGCGGCGGCCAAGUAGAGAUAAUCCUGAAUUUACACAAAAACACACAACAAAAAUCUCGUAGGUAAGUGGGAGUUAGGAGGCGGCCAUCGCCAGUGAAAUGGGUCACUGCGUCAGCACUUAGGGCUUAGAGUCGUGGCUAGAGUCGCGUGUAGCAUAACAAGAUUUAUAUAUAUAUAUACAGAAGAUAUAUACACUCACACACCCGUUUGCAACGUUGGUCAAUUUUUUGGAUAGCCACUCAGAAGCAGAAGCAGAUGCAGAAGCAGAACCAGAACCAGGACUAGAUGAACUAACAGUUGUGCCAUGCUCCAGCUCAUAGACAUUUUGUAGACAGACGACAGCGCUUCUCCCAGGAUCUUCCCCGGCAUUUAACUGACAAAACGAUAAACGUAUUUACAUAGUUCAAUAUAUGUAUGAUUCGCAUACAGUUUGCCUUAUAUACAACAAGCCCAGAAGAGCGACAGAGCCUAGCAAGAACCAGUUGAUAAGUGUAUUUAACACGUACUCAAUCGAAAGAAAUUCAUGCGCCAAAAGAACAUCCCAGCACACCACCACAUCUUAGACUACUACCAGCUCCAUUCCCAGAUUGUCUCAUCACAUCAUCAUCGGGAAGCACCCACCUGACAUUUCCCAGUCCAUAUCCGUGCAAAAGUAUUAGGAAACUUCGCAGAUCCGAGACCCUAACCCUGGAUCGAUUGAUCUCCACGCUUUGAAGUUGAGGAGGGAGUUUUUUAAAGCCGGCUCUCAGUGCCACAACUAACUUAUGUACCUUACAGUAUACAGAUCCGCCAAGUCGCUAUUAUGUUUUAUUUUUUAAAGUUUAACUUUAGUUCCUCCUAUUGGGUAACGACGUCUUUCUAUUUAUUUUCCGUGCGUGCUUGUUGUGUUGUAAUUGAAACUGUUGGAAUGUUUAACCUUUUACUGUGUUUAUUGUUUAUGUGCUAACCCGAUCCCUCAACUUCAAAGGAAACCACACACGACUCAUACAUUAUAGAGAGUAAACCACUAGAAUUCGCAUAAAUAUUCGGGAAACUCACUAAGAAAGCAAAAAGAGGGGAAAACAAAAGUUUCAACUGCAAUAUCGGACUGAACAAUGCUGCCAUAUGAAAAUAUACACGUGUAACGACUUUGUAUAUAAAGUUAGCCACAUAUUUCCAUAAAAGAACGAAGUUUCAAUUGUGAUUCAAUCGAAAAUCUAAUUUUGUUUCCACAUCGAAGAACUCUAUUGAAGAACUCGAAACACAAAACACAACGUAUACCGAAUAAAAUAUAAUUUUGUUUGCUAGGAAAACCUCACGUAAGCAGAAGUA